CCUCCCCUUUUUGUCUUCCCAACAUUCCCGCUCUCCUUCCUCCUGCCGCAGCUGUCGUGAUACGGCAGCUGCUGCGACGCGGCAAUCUGCCCACCCAUUUGGAGGAGGGAAGGCAACGUUAACCUCGGCGCAUUCGAUAGCCAACACACAUUACACCGUUACAGAGAAACAAUUGCACAAGAAAUGGCCAACAGCGGCAGAGAACACAAGCGCAGCGUUCCACGUCCACCACCAUUGUCGCUCUUCAUUGGUAGGGAGCAAGAGCCAGCGGUCACGCGGACGCACCCGGCCGCUGCCGACAACACCAACAAGAAGAGGAUGCUGUCGAAGCAGCUGUCCAUGAAGGAGACCACCCGGGAGGUCAAGUGGGAGAAGCGACGGCGGCAGAUACAACGGCAGAGGAGCAGCAUGGGCCUGUACGACGCCGACCGCGUUAACAUGCACACCAAUGCCAAUGGUGUUACCGACGAGGACCUGGACGAGCUCAAGGGAUCCAUGGAGCUUGGCUUCGGCUUCAACGAGGAGAGCGGAGGCCAGAACCUCUGCGACACGCUCCCCGCCCUCGACCUGUAUUUCGCCGUGAACCGGCAGCUGUCGGAGCCCAAGAUGCGGGUGUGCAGCCGUUCGCUGCCAUCCCUUUGUGUGGCGACAUCCUCGUCAUCCAUGCACUCCGGCACGCCGAGCCCGGCCGGUAGCCCUACCGCUCAGCCCUCCCUCCUUGACUCCUUGAAAAUUUGCAGUCCAGCCGGCGAGAACCCGCAGCUUAUCAAGACAAGGCUAAGGCAGUGGGCUCAGGUAGUGGCUUGUUCAGUGAAGCACUCCAGCUGAGAACGCUAGCUACAUUGAUUGAACCACUCUUCCUGCAGAACCGCUGUACAUCCGAGUGUUCCAUUAGACGGCGAGGGAGAGGACAUGACCGGUGGUGCAAUUAACUCAACGCCGUAACCUUGUUGCUCUGGUGACGCGCGCCCAUGGUUGUUGUGCAUAGUUUAGUCUGUAUGUAUGUGUUGGCAACAUUAAUGCACCGUUCCCUGUAUUCACAGGACAACAUUUGAUGCAAGGACAUUCUUCUUGUUCA